AAAAUGUCUCCUGCAGCAAAUUCUUCAUCAAGAUGGUGCCCAACCCCAGAGCAACUGAUGAUCCUUGAGGAGAUGUACAGGGCUGGCAUCAGAACACCCAAUGCCUCUCAAAUCCAACACAUCACUGCCCAGCUCUCCCUCUAUGGCAAGAUUGAGGGCAAAAAUGUAUUUUACUGGUUCCAGAACCACAAGGCCAGGGACAGGCAGAAGCUCAGGAGGAAGCUUUGUAAGCAACUGCAGCAACAGCAACUUCUCUAUAAUCACCACCACAAUUAUCAUAAUUACCAUAAUAACCCUUAUCAUCAUCAUCAUCACCAGCAGCAGCAGCAGCAGCAGAGCCUUCUUGGGUACCUUGACCAUCUCAGCCCUCCUGCUUCUUCUUCUACUCUUCAACAACUUUCCAACUGUCAUAACUACUCAUCAGCUGGCUUUCUUCCUCCUCCUCAGGGGGGAGUUGAAGAUGCCUUGAUGAACCACGCGUGGAAGAUGGAGAUCCCACAGAGGGUGGAGAUGGAGAAGUCCGUGAUGAGUAUGUACGGCCGUGAUUGGAUGAUGAUGAUGAUGGAGGAUGUGGGCCCACCCUCUCCAUGUUGUAGUACUAGUACAAGAACUACUACUACUAGACAACCACUCAAGACCCUUCAACUCUUCCCCAUCACCGCCACCAAUCUCAAAGAAGAAUCCUCACCCUCCUCCUCCAAUCCUCUCUCUCCUCCCACCACCCCCACACCAAAUUACUAAAAACCCCAAGCCAAGCCACUUCUUCUGCUGCAUCUCUCUC